AUCCUUGGUCUAGAUUCUUUUCACCUAUCAGCCUUUCAGCCUUUCUAAAUUUUUCGCAUCGCAGCAGUGCAUCUCCCAAGUCGCGUCUCUGUCUACACUUUCGCCAGCCAACAUUACGACUUCAUUUAUUUUUAGGUGCACAAGCCUUUCUUUUCGAGUCUAUAGAGUAAUUACCAUUAGUCAAAAUGUCUGACUAUGGCGAUGAUGGAGAUGUCGGUGGAGCGGACGAGCCUAUGUUCGAGGAUGAUGAACCCCUAGACGAUGAGCUCGACCCCGAGGUUCCCGAUGGAGAGGAGGAUGAAUUCAACCGCAGAGGUGUAGAUGAGGAAGAAAACGUUGUUGUCUCGGGCGAUCCAUCUGCUGCCGCAAACCGAACAAAGUCUACAACCAAAUCGAACAAAGAUAAAAAGAUCCCUAACGAAGAACGAAGUACAACUCCAUACCUGACAAAAUACGAGAGAGCCCGUGUCUUAGGUACUAGGGCACUACAGAUCAGCAUGAAUGCACCCGUUCUUGUAGAUCUAGAGGGAGAGUCAGAUCCGCUUCAGAUUGCUAUCAAGGAACUACGCGAAAAGAAGAUCCCUCUGAUUGUCCGGCGCUAUCUUCCCGAUGGCUACUACGAGGAUUGGUCCUGCGAAGAAUUACUCCAGUAAACCAGAUCUGGGUAUCAUCUUCCUCGGCCCUAAGCAUUCUGGAUGCUUAUCCUAGCAUCACAUGACAUCCAGUAAUGCAUCAGCAAACAGGGCCGACCCAUAGGACUGCGCAGGAAGGAGUCGUUAGAUGACGUAGAGAAGUUUGCACGAGCAUGGAGUUAGUGGUUGCUUUCGGAAUAUAUUAAGUUUUUCCUCAGGCAUAAGACUUCCGGAUAUGCGGCGUCAAGGGACUGAUGUAUCUUCCGUUGGCUAUGUGGUAGCCAAUCGCCUUGCAUAAUGGUCGUGGGCGUGGUCAUCAGCUUCUCCGUCAGCUACUUCUGAGUCUCACCCAGGCGGAUUAAGAGACGGGCAAAUAUCCCAUAGCCGCGUGCGCUGACAAGUAAAUUGUUGCCCGACGCAGCUGAGAUUUCCCACGGAGCUCAUUGGUUACUGCCGUCAGCUGAAGAUUGAUUGGUACUGUUGUUAUUAUAUUUCAACUAAUAGCCAACAAAAAACGAUUAAUUAAUGCAUAUGAAUGCGUACCUAAGUACUCUAACCUACCUGAUUCAGUACCUAAAUUCAGAACACAUAGUUGUGAUUAUACUCUUUUUUUUUGCACAAUCUGCUAGGGACAGUAUGCUUAAAAUAGCGUAAAGCUUCGUAUUGAAUUGGAUUCCGCAUAAAAUGUCGAUGCGGUGUGACUACUCC